GAAGAAGAGCUUGGUUUUGGUAUUUUGUUAUUGAUCUGUAGUUACUGCGAAGUACAGAAUGUUAUUGUGUGGCUCUAUUAAAACUUCCCGGUAACAUUUUGACUCCUAAAUUGGGAUUACACUAAGUUGUGAUCAUAUUGAACGCCAGCUCCAUCCGAGAUAAGCUUUAGGGAGAGCGAGCCGGAGUGUGCCCGAGCCCUGCGUCGGCCGGGCCGCCAUCGUGGUGAGGUAAACGGGGCAGUGCAUGAGCCACCACCACGGCAGCAACAUGCCCACUUCUUGUGCUUCUUUUUGUUGUAAAAAUAGACGAACCAUUGAAUCCAGAAACGAGGGGAUAACUUUUCACAGGUUCCCUAAGGAUGCUGGUCUUAGGAAAGCCUGGAUCCGUGCUAUUAGACGGAUUAAUUUUGUGCCCUCUAGAUCCACGUCUCUCUGUAGCAGUCAUUUUGAAGUCUCUGAUUUUGACAGAACUGGACAAACUGUUAGACUAAGGGAAGGUGCAGUCCCUUCAAUUUUUCCAGAAUUCCCAGAUCAUCUGAAGAAGGUCCCCAAAAAAGCCAGAUUGACUAAGACUUCAUUACGUGCUGCUGGGAAAAUUAAGGAUCCUGUACCUGUUUGUACACCACCUGCUAAACCCACUGCUGGAGCACUUGCUAGACCACUUUCUACAACAUUUCCUACAACAUUUCCAACAACACGUCCUACAACACCUGAUGCACCACUGAAACCAUCAGAGUGGGAUCAUCAUUACGCACUUGACCCUAAUCAGGUCAAAAGUAAGUUGUGUCAAGCUCAAGCAAGAGUUCAGGAACUGGAAAGGCAACUGAGGAAUGCCAAGUACCGAGAACGAAAACACAGAGAAACCGUAAAGGCCCUUCUGGAUGGUUUACAAGGAAAAAAAAGUUUUUCAGAACUUUUCCAGCUUAGCUACUCUGGUGAGUGACAUAUCAUUUGACACCAGUAAUAAAUAAAAUCCGAGCACUAAAGGUUUCAAGGCACCAUUUGUGAUAAUUCAUCUGGAUGGAGUACGCAGAGUUCUUGAAAGGAGCCUGGCUGCGCUUGUCUCUGCUGGCCGUGCAUAAUGGGACAUUUCUGUAUCGCUCAGGAAGACUUUCAGCGGGUUUAUCCUCACUGAUGUCAAUGCUUCUCUUAAGCCCCAGGAAUCUAAAAAGUGGUUAUGUUUUCUUCCACUUUAAUGUGUUCACACUGAAUGUCUAUGUCACAUUGAAUAUCAAACAGCUGUUUAUUCAUGUUCGAUCAUUAUGCUAAAAUGAUGACAUAAUGACUUGGUUUAAAAAAAAAAAAAAAACAGAAGGAGAAAGUAUCGGACACCCUCAAUCCAAUAACCAAGAGGUUUAUGAGGAGACUAGGCUGUGUCCUGUUUGGUGUCGUGCCAGUACACUUCUGAAUCAAUUCAACACACCGCUUUGUUUUUGGGACAAUACAGACUGAAAUUGGACGCAGUUAAAAACCAUGUGUCUUCCAAGUGUGUGCUGUGAAAGUUGUCCAGGGAAAGUCGACCCCCAGCUACGAUAAAGGUAGUUAAGAGCACCAAGACGACACAGAUGAAGAAGAUGGACAUACCGAGGAAUUUGACUUUUUACCUUCAAUGUCAAACGUUAACAACAAUAGUUUAGCCUACUUACCAGUCUGGGAGAAACAAUGUCAGCUAAGCUUCAUAGAUUCAAUUAUUUUAUUUAAGAAGAGCUGUCUGUUUCAGGGGGGAAGCAGCACCAAUUUGACCCUUGUUUUGCUUCUUUUCUUCUUCAAUGGAUACAGAUAAUUAUGAUGAUGAUAUUGAUAGUGGUGGUGUCCAUUUUCUCUUGGACUGCCAUAGUUAUUGUGGCUUAUCCUUUCUGUAGCUUGAAUUGAGUUUAAUAAUCUGCAGUCAAACAAGUCUCCAAACCACAUUUUGUCAACAAAACACGUGGACCACAUGCAAGGGGACAAAUGACGUAUUUGAAAAUGGCCGAGGGACAAUGCUGUGGUGCAGUUGACCCCAUGAAUUGCUCAGAGCAUUAAAAACAAUAAAAAAUAAACUGAAUAUAUAAUUCGUGGGGAAAAGGUUACCUGCUUGAAUUGUGUUACAGUGCAACUUUGUUUUGCUCAGCCUUUACAGUGUCACCUCCUUACUUUCCAGGAUCCCUUUCCUGUUGAGGACACAAGCCCAGGUCUUGCUCUCUCCGUGACUCGUGUGAAUGGGGGAUUAUCCCAACAACUCCAGAUAACAUGCUAACAUAACUGUCAGCAGUUGGAAAUGUGAAGAUGCUUCAGUGAAACAUAUUUGAGUGUUUUGCAAUUGAUGAUCAAGUCUUGAAGGGUCACCAAUUUGUCCCUGACAGUCUACAGGACUCGGUUACAGUCUAACACAGCCUAAAUCUGGAAUAGUCUUUUCAAUAUGGUUGGGGUGCAUAUAUACAUACUUAGCUGGCAUAAAUUCUUCUUCAUUUGAAUGUUCAGAUAGACCAAACACUUGAGUUAUUUAUGUCACCUGCAGUGGGAAGAAAACAAUCAUAAUGUCAAAGUUGAUUUUUAAAUAUUUUAGAAUAUUAAUUUUUACAUAUAGUGGCAUGAAGCUACAAUUUUUUCCUUUCAUUAUUUUCUUAUGGCUUUGGUGUUCUGCAUUCAGUGAAGUUAUCUUUCUUUUUUCUACUUUUGCAGUAGCAAAAUCUUUUUUUUAAAUUCAUUGCUAAAUGUGGACUUUUGUUCUCACUCAUUUUUCUUAAUUAUACAGUCCCAGUUGGGCUCAUUUUUUCUGUACAGGAUAAAACAACUGUUUUGUUUUGUGAUAAAUUUGUCAAAUUGGAAGGAAAUAAACACCUCAUUUCCCUCACUGAAUAAUGUGGAAAUUCCAUUUAUUAGAUAACAAACACGGAUCAACUGUAGCAUGAACACCGAUUUGUGCGGUUAGUAACUACAUUCAUCUGGUUAUGAUAUAAGAAAUCCUGCAUCCUGCAUUCACAUUUAACACUUGCUACUCAAAAUUUUUUGUGUCUGAGAAGUUCA